AUGUCGUUCAAGGUCAAGGCCCUGUAUGACUACAAUUCUGGCCACGAGGAUGACCUCAAUUUCAGCGUCGGCCAGAUCAUAACCGUUACCGACGAGGAAGACGCCGACUGGUACGGAGGAGAAUACGUCGACGAGACUGGCAACAAGCACGAGGGCAUCUUUCCCCGUAACUUUGUGGAGAAAUAUGAGCCUACCGCCCCGCCCCGGCCGACGAGGGCUCGCCCCAAGAAGGAGCUCGAGUCUGCUCCGGCUCCAGUCCCCGAGGUUGCUGCCCCUGCCGUCACGCCAGCCGAGCAGCCGGCUCAGGCUGCACCCGAAGUCGAGGAGGCUCCUGAGCCCGAGACUGCUGCACCUCCUCCCGAGGCCUUUUCUGCGCCUCAGGCCUCUUCUGCACCUCCACCUGUUCCGGCGCCUGUUGCAGAAUCCCCGGCACCCAGGCCGGCGCAGUCGGUCCACGCUCCGGCACCUCCUGCCCCCGCCCCCGCUCCCGCCCCAAAACCCGCCGAGGUUGAGUCUGCGCGCUCACAGCCUGCCCCAAAGGCUGCGCCAAAGCCGCCCAAGCCCAGUCCGCCCCCAGUCUCCGAGAAACCCGUGAGCAGCUCGUUCAAGGAUCGCAUUGCAGCAUUCAACAAAGCCGCUGCCCCGCCGGUUGCCCCCUUCAAGCCGAGCGGCCUGAGUUCCGGCGGCGCCGGCUUCGUUAAGAAGCCCUUCGUCGCGCCUCCUCCCAGCAGGAAUGCGUACAUCCCCCCGCCAACCCAAGGUCCCGUCGCAAAGAUCUACCGUCGAGAUGAAGACCCCGAAGUCAAAGAACAAGAGGCUGAGGCUACUGAAGUCGCUGGAAAGGCUGGGCUCGUCCCGACCGCUUCCACGAUUGAAGGCGAAGCCACCGAGGAUCAGCCCAAGCCCAUGAGUUUGAAGGAGCGUCUGGCUCUGCUGCAGAAACAGCAGAUGGAGACGGCAGCUCGGCAUGCUGAAGCAGCCGCUAAGAAAGAAAAGCCCAAGCGCCCGCCCAAGAAGCGCCUCGAUAGCCAGGACACCGUCGAAGGCGAGGCAGCGGAGCGAACCGAUGAGGCAAGCCGGACAUCCACGGACGAGGCUCACCCGCCCCGUUUGGCUCACCCUCCCAGACGCAAGUCCUCCAAGGGAGCUGAACCCCGCGAUGGAAAUGAGGCGGACAUGUCCGGCGCCGGUGAGACUACCGAGGGUCAGGAGGAUUUGACGGAAAAGGACGACAGCGAUGGCAGAAUCAAAGAUGUUGCCAUGGUACCUAAACAGGAGAACAGCGACCAAGAAGAAGAGGAGGACGAGGAGGAGGAGGAUGACAUCGACCCUGAAAUUCGGCGGAAGGAAGAGCUACGCGCCAGAAUGGCCAAAAUGUCGGGCGGCAUGGGGAUGCCCGGCAUGGCCAUGCCCCUAUUUGGCGCACCGGCUCCGAUGCUCCCGAAGAAGAAGAAGGCCGGUCCGGAGAAGCGAGGUGAAGAGGCUGAAGAGCCCGUCUCGCCAACUGCGCGAGCCCCGCCUGUACCACUUCCGGGGCUGAUGCGGCCGCCCCCGCCACCAGAGCCAGAACAAGCUGAGCCGGAAGAAGAGGGAGAGGAGGACGACUCCCGGCUGAAAACUCCGCAUCAGGAGUAUGGCCUCUCUGUCCCGUCUACGGAAGAAGCCGCUCCUCCUAUUCCUGGUGGAAGACCUGCUCCACCCCCCGUUCCUACGGACUCACGCCCGCCGCCGCCGCCUCCAGCUGCCUCUGCGGUCAAGUCACUUAGCGAAGGAUCGGUAUCCGAUGACGAGCUCUCGGAGUGGCCCAACGAGUCUGAUGCUCCUGCCCAGUCAACCAGGGCACCUCCCCCGCCCCCGCCCGCAGUCGCAGGUCCGCCACCAAUUCCUGCCCGUGCAUCUGAAGACAAUCGAGCAUCCGUUGGGGAGGAGACGUCCCCAACCUCUCCACGAGAGCCGGCGCCGAGCAAGCGCGACAGCAGGCCACCGCCUCCGAUCCCGAGCUUUCCUCCGGCGUCUCCACCAGCACAGUCCAGACCGCCGCCUCCUCCUCCGGCUGCGCCGCUACUACGUCGGGUUUCCACGGACGAGUCCCGGGCACCGCCGCCGGUGCCUGUCAUGCGUAGAAAUAGCGAUAAAGGCGAGGAAGAGGAAGUCACCGAGUAUGAGGGCGAUUACGACACGGACAUUGCCUCCUCGGUUCCUCACAAGGAAGCUCUCAAAGCCCACCAGCGUGAUUCGAGCAUUGACGAGGUCAUGUCGCCGCGCUCGCCGACAACCGAGGCACCACCACCGCCUCCUCCUGUCCCAAUGGCGGCACCUCCAAGAGCAGGCCCGCCCCCGAUUCCCAGCCAACCUCCGCCGGAGAGCCGAAACUCUGUGGAUAUGCCCCGCGCAGCCCCGCCUCCGCCUCCCAAGGAGACAGACCAAUUUGACGACGAGUAUGACCCUUACAACUACGCCUCGACUCCACAGGGGGCACCCGCUUUGCCGUCGUACCCCAUGUCGGCACCUCCUCCGCCCUUGAGACAAGAGGAGCCGCCCUUUCAGGAAACGUCAUACGGCCAAACUCCGAGGUCGCCUCCCCCUCCUCCCCCACCCGGCCGCGCACCAGCACGACAAUCGGUUGACGUCCCACGUCCCAGCAUUGGCCGACGGUCCAUAGAUGUCACUCGCCCGUCGAUGGAGACAGGCUUCGUUGCUAAUGACAUCGACCUCGCAAGCCAGUCAGGCUGGUGGCUGCAACCUAACGGUCUCCCUCCACAGCUCCACGGACGCAAAGAUAUUUUCUUUGAGUCGGAGGAGUCGAGCUCGGCCGACCCGCAUCAAGGCGGCAAGACCAUCGUUACCCGCGACAUCUGCGUCCUCUUCCAAGACUAUUCGCAAACCGUCAUCACGGUCCGCUUCAACCCACGCGACCCCGCCGACGUCCAGCUCGAGCAGCAGCACAAGCCGCCCCCGCGGGCCCUGCGCCAGGACCAGCUCGAAGAGAGCUACGAACGCUUCGGCCGCGCCAUAGGCGAGGCCGCCGCCUCCAAGAAGGACACGGUCGUCGGUGACGGCACGCCGCAAGCCCUCAUCUACGAGCUCCUCCGCCCCUUCAAGGACGCGCUCCUUCCCGUCGGAACCCGCGCGUACGGCGCGCUCGUGUAUAGCAACCUGGCCAACGCGAGCACGAUGCAGAACGACGAGAUUCGCCCCGGCGACAUCGUCAGUAUCCGCAACGCCAAGUUCCAGGGUAAGCACGGGGCCAUGCAUGCCAAGUACUCGAUGGAGGUAGGGAAACCUGACCAUGUAGGGGUUGUGGCCGAGUGGGAUGGUACCAAGAAAAAGGUGCGCGCCUGGGAGCAGGGCAGGGAGAGUAAGAAGGUUAAACAAGAGUCGUUUAAGCUGGACGAUCUUCGGUCGGGCGAGGUCAAGAUCUGGCGCGUCAUGCCGCGCAGUUGGAUUGGGUGGGACUCGGUCGGCGGCGCUGGUACUGGGAGCGGAGGGAACUAG